CGUGAUAAGACCCGUGGUUCCCUAUCCCUGUGGGAGCUGCCUGCUGCCUCCCCUCCAUUAGCCACAGCUAUUGGAUUUCCCACCCAGAAUCUUUAGGCAAAUGAGAUCAUGAUUCUGGAAGGAAGUGGUGUAAUGAAUCUCAACCCCAGUAACAACCUCCUUCACCAGCAGCCAGCCUGGACAGACAGCUACUCCACGUGCAAUGUUUCCAGCGGGUUUUUUGGAGGUCAGUGGCAUGAAAUCCAUCCCCAGUACUGGACCAAGUACCAGGUGUGGGAGUGGCUCCAGCACCUCCUGGACACCAACCAGCUGGACGCCAGCUGCAUCCCUUUCCAGGAGUUUGACAUCAAUGGCGAGCACCUCUGCAGCAUGAGUUUGCAGGAGUUCACCCGGGCGGCAGGGACGGUGGGGCAGCUCCUCUACAGCAACCUUCAGCAUCUCAAGUGGAACGGCCAGUGCAGCAGUGACCUGUUCCAGUCCACACACAAUGUCAUUGUCAAGAGUGAACAAACCGACCCUUCCAUCAUGAACACCUGGAAAGAAGAAAACUAUUUAUACGAUACCAACUAUGGUAGCACAGUAGAUUUGUUGGACAGCAAAACUUUCUGCCGAGCCCAGAUCUCCAUGACAACCACCGCUCACCUUCCUGCCGCAGAGUCACCUGAUAUGAAAAAGGAGCAAGACCACCCUGCAAAAUCCCACACCAAAAAGCACAAUCCAAGAGGGACUCACUUAUGGGAGUUCAUCCGUGACAUCCUCCUGAACCCAGACAAGAAUCCAGGAUUAAUAAAGUGGGAAGACCGGUCUGAGGGCAUCUUCAGGUUCCUGAAAUCAGAGGCUGUGGCUCAGCUAUGGGGAAAAAAGAAAAACAACAGUAGCAUGACCUAUGAAAAACUCAGCCGUGCUAUGAGAUAUUACUACAAAAGAGAAAUUCUGGAACGUGUGGAUGGACGAAGACUGGUAUAUAAAUUUGGGAAGAAUGCUCGUGGAUGGAGAGAAAAUGAAAACUGAAGCUACCAAUACUUUGAACACAGAGGAAAACACAUACCAAAUAACAACCAAGAACUCUGGACGUAAAUAUUUCAAAGACUGCUUUUCUCUGAUAUUUAUGUACCAUGAGGGGAAAAAAAAAAUCUACUUCUAACGGGAAGAAGGAGCACUACAGUUGAUAAAAAAAUUAUUUUGUUACUUUGAAGUAUGUCCUAUAUGGGGAACAAACGUACACAGUUUUCUGUGAAAUAUGAUGCUGUAUGUGGUUGUGAUUUGUUUUUGCCUCUAUUGUGAAGUUCUUUCCCAUUGCAAGGAUAACAGGGCUUGUAGCCUUGUGCUUCUUGCUAGGAGGAAAAAAAAAAAAUCAGAGGGCAUUAAAUGUUUUUGUAUGCAAAAUGAUUUGGAAAAAGGUGAUGUGUCCUUCAUGCAUAAGCAUCCACAUGGCCUCAUCAAGAGAGGUAGACAUGGUUGCUAGGUUGAAUGCCUGGGUCUCAGAUUGAUGGGAUCAACUGGAAGGAUGCUGGGAAAUUUAACCUGAACUUUAGGAGCCAGUGAAUGGAAAAUGGGGACUUCCAAAAUCCAGGGUAGAUUGUAAUCACUGCAUAAUCACAUGGCUUGGAAUGUUUAAAUCAGUGACAGGAAUAAUGGUGAUACUCAUUCAGGAGUGAUUUACCUGAUGCUAAAGCUAUCUUCCUCUCUUGCCCUUGGAUG